AUGGCGAUCACCGACGAGAAAGUAUUACCCGGUGGGCUGGCUCCAGCUGUCGAUUUCGGACAUGGCAAGUCUCAGUUGGGAGACGUUCACGAUGUCCAGAACCUCACGUUGUUGGGCUACAAGCCCGAGCUGCGGCGCAAUAGGUCAAUGUUCACCCUCCUAUUUCAGUCGCUUGCUAUCGCCGCGAUCCCGUAUGGCUUCGGCGGCCCUUUGAUCAGUGCUAUCUAUGGCGGCGGACAGCUUCCUAUGUUCCUGGGCUGGAUCGUGGUCCUCAUCCUCGAUGAAUGCAUCGCCCUGUCCCUAAGCGAGCUGGCCUCGAGGUAUCCAACGUCCGCCGGUCCCUAUUACUGGUCAUUCCAGCUCGCCAGCCCGAAGUACCGCACCAUUCUCUCGUUCAUCACUGGGUGGACUUGGCUCAUCGGGAACUGGACCAUCACGCUCUCCGUCAACUUCGGCUUCGCUUCCAUGGUAGCCGGCACCGUGUCCUUGUUCCAUCCCGACUUCGCGGAUGUCGAGGCCUGGCAGCUGCUCCUGAUCUUCUAUGCCAUGUGCUUCCUCACCUUCUUCGUCGUGGCGUUUGGAAACAAGGUGUUGCCUAUGGUUGACACGAUAUGUGCGGUGUUUACUGCGAUAAGCAUUAUUGUAACGUGCAUCUGCCUCUCGGUCAAAGCAGACGCUGGUAGACACUCGCCCAGUUAUACAUUGGGCCAUUACGACACAAGCUUGUCGGGAUGGGGCAACUUUUCGUUCUGGAUCGGUAUUCUACCUUCAGCAUAUACCUUUUCUGCCAUUGGUAUGAUAAUUUCUAUGGCAGAGGAAUGCGACAAGCCAACCAUCAAGUUGCCCAAUGCGUUAUCACUAUGUGUGCCUAUCGGUGGGAUCGCGGGUCUCUUCUUCAUCAUUCCCCUCUGCGCAACACUGCCCGAACUAGCAGAUGUCUUGGACGCACCAGUUGGGCAAGCCCUGCCAUACAUCUUCGGCCGCGUGACGGGCUCUGCCGGAGGCGGAUUGGGUCUGACGGUUCUCGUGCUUAUCAUCACCUUCUUCUGCUCGGUCUCGAUAACCGUCGCGGCAUCGCGGUGCACCUGGGCCUUCGCCCGCGACAAUGCCAUCCCGCUGGCACAUGUCUGGGCCAAGGUAGACGAGCGCCACGGUACCCCUAUCUGGGCACUUGCGCUGACCACGCUCGUUCAACUGCUGCUGGGGCUGAUCAAUCUCGGAUCGUCAUCGGCGUUCCUUGCUUUCGUGUCUGUGGGCGUCAUAUCCCUUGCUGUGUCCUACGGCAUACCCAUCUCCAUCUCGUUGUACCAGAAGCGGAAAGAGGUCAAUGCAGCGCGAUGGACGAUGGGGAGGAUGAUCGGGCCCGCUGUGAACACGCUGGCCGUCGCGUGGAUCGCGUUUGAGGUCGUCCUGUUCUCAAUGCCCACGGCGCUCCCUGUAACUGCGGACAGCAUGAACUACGCCAUUGUGGUUUUCGCCGGCUUCAUGGUGAUCAGUGCGAUUUGGUAUGGGGUUCAUGCUCGUAAAGUGUAUGAAGGGCCACCUGAAUCAGACGGGAUCGUUGUCGAUACUUAG